UACUGGUUCAGCUGUACCAUUAUCGUCCGAGCUCCGCGGUUCGCACCAGUUUCGGUCAGUUGUUGUGCACGAGCCGAGCGGUUAGGAUGUCCCCAGUCGAUCGGGGGACUUUGGAGGCGUUCAGCGCCAACAAGCAUUAGGACCCAGUUUUUCAACUAUUGAAUACUUCAAAAUGAGGAGCUGAUCCAAGCAGCGCCUAAAACCAUGCAAAACGCAUCACAAAAACGGCUUUGCCGGGCAAUGCCACACCAUUUGGAGCGUUGGACAACGCUGUAACUACAACUUGCAGAAGUGCUCCCGUCCCCGGAAGAAUGUUCUUAACAGUGUCUGUGUGUUUGCGUGUGUGUGUGUGUGUGUGUGGGCGUGUGACUGGGAUAAUGUGUGGCGUAUUCAUCUUCAACAUCGUGCAGUGGACACCGAUCAAGUACCUCGGCUACUCGUACCCGCUGUGGGCCCACGCGUUCGGCUGGUUCACCGCCCUGUCGUCCAUGCUGUGCAUCCCGGGCUACAUGAUCUGGCUGUGGAGAAACACCCCCGGCGAUCGCGCUAAUAAAAUUCGACUGAUCGUUCGAAUCGAGGACAGCGUGAGCCAGCUGCGGGAGAGAAUGCAGGCCGACGCCGAGAAGGGCAUGGAGCUGUAACGGGCUUCGCAGGGCGCACUCGCAGCUUCGAUAUUUUGCGUUUAAUUCAAUUCUUUCCCCCAUCCACCCGCGCCAAGAUACCAGCUUUCCAGCAAAGUAACAACUCAACCAUUAAAACCCAUUAUUUAACUAUCAUACCGAGUUCCGAGAGACGCAUUGUUUUGUAACGUUUGUGUUUCUUUGUUUUUUUUUUUAAUUUUAUUUUUUGAUAUAUUUUUUUUAUACAGACAUAUUUAUAUAAACCUUCACAUAAAAUAAGCCGGUUUGGAUCUCCAA